GACCGCGACGGUGCCAGUCACAACAAAGAUGGCGACUGCAGCGGAGCCUCGGAGCGGUGCGGUUCGAGUGAUUUUAACACUUUGCGUUUUCAAGCUGCUUUCUGGAGCAGAAACAUCGAGCAGACAGCUCACCAUAGAGCUGAAUCCUGGUUCUCCUUUGGCGCCUCCUGGUGGCGACCUGCUGCAUGUGAGAGCCGUGGGAGACAAUGACACGCUGCACUACCUGCUGAGCAGCCAGGGGGCACCGACGCUGCUGCUGGUCCACACAGACAGUCCGUCUUCUACUGUGCAGGUGAACUGGAUUCAGUUUCUGGCUCGUAACAGCAGCGGCAGCCUGAAGGUGGAGCCGGAGAGCAGCGUGAUGUACAGUGGCGGUGUCGUGUUCAGCCGGCUGCUGGAGUACGAUGAUGUAAAUGACACGGCUGAACCCUCCAACUUCUUCCCUCCAUACGAGCUGCAGAACUUCACCUGGUCCCGCCUCCAGCUGUCAGGUCCGACCGCUCUGCUCUGUGGUGCUGCCACCACGUUCACCAACGGCUCGCUCUGCUUGCAGCUGUCGGUGUUUGACUCGGAGGGGCGUGGUCAGACCUGGCCCCGCCUCCUGCACUCUGCUAACUCCUCCCAGCUGGAGGUGAGGCUGGACGGCGUGUUGCCGCGGGCAAUGCACUCCAGGUUCCUGCUGGAGCUGCAGGCGGUGGGCGGAGCUUAUCCUCUGAGCAGAGUGGAGGUCCGCCAUUCAAUUGACGAUGAAUUCACGCCGUCCAUAUUCAAGGUGUCUGAAUGGGUUUCUGUGGAGAACAGCAGCUCUGAUGUUCUGGGCUUCGCUCAGUGGAAGCCGGUUGCGUACCGCCAGCGACACCCGGUUCUGGAGGACGCCACACCGUGCCACCACUCGGAGCCGCAGCCUCAGAGUGGCGAGGCGACUGCAGCUUCGUCCGCUUUGAUCCGAGCGUUCUACCCAGAACCGAAGGUGGUGGGACUGAACGUGAGCUUCGGCCUUGCAGGAGAAAAGUUCUACAACAGCACCAAGUUCCUCAGCUGGACGCUGCUGGUGGGCGUCGGCUCUCCGCCCGUCGACUUUUUCUCUCCGCUAGUUAUCGCCAUCAUGGCUGUCGGUCUGGGAACUCCCAUGAUUCUCCUGCUGCUGGGAGGAGUCUAUGUCUACGUUCGCAAGAGGGCGGCCUCUACGACGGCCUACGAGCCAAUCAACUAACAUGGACAAGUGACAUCACUGUGAGAGUCCAGUCAGUCAGCACCCUGGAGGGUCCCGGUCUGCCUUGAGUCGACCAGACGGAACACAAGGGUUCAGCUUUGAUGUGUUCUGAUGAACUGAGAUCAUUUGAGUUUUACCUGAACAGUUGACAAAGUUUUUACGCUGAAAUCUAAAUCUAUCUGACUUUUUAUUGUUUGUAUGUUUUUACAUUUUUUCUGAAACUGAUUGGACAAAAUAAAAUGUUUAAAUUUGAUGUAAAGUGUCUUUAUUAUCUGAUACCAUGAUACAGUUGAACUGGUUCUGUGUGGCGUUUUUGGGUCACUAUGUAUGUAUAUAUAUAUAUAUAUAUAUAUUUAUAAAGAAAUACAACAGACUUGGUGUCAGCAAAGUUCUUCCUGUUUGAAAAGGAAAAGUUUGAAACUCAGUGAAUAAACAAUAAACCACUUUUUAA